CUUCAUUACGAUGCGAUGUGCGUGCGGUCGGUCGCUGACUUCUUGUGCCUUCUCAUCCUGCUCCUAGCCAACUGCACUCGACUCUCACCUCCCUCGCACGACUACGCCUUUCACGCUCUGCAUCACGCUCCCUUCCUCCACCACCUUCUCUGCUCGUCCUCUUCACCCGUGGUGACCUAUCACCUCUCCUAUCCGCCUCGCCAUACGAUACCAAACGCCAAUCUCAGGUCGUAGCACGCGCGAGGGCGGCAUUUGAACAGGAGCUGGGCCGGAGACGAGCGGGCAUGGGACUGGGACGGGGCGCGGCUGGGGGACAGAGGAGGGCCAAGGUUGGGGGGAUGAGUGAGGUGGUGGGUGGUGGCAGCGCGCAGGGCAGUGGAGGUUUCUUCGGUGCCAUCAAGUCUCUACUAGGCUUGAGUGGAUCCAAAUCAGCUGCCUCAAGCGCCAAACCUGGCCUCGACGAGGAGGACGAUGACGAGGAUGCCGAAUCAGCAGACUACGUCGACUGGUCCUGGUCAGAGCGAAACGCCACCUCCCCGGACUCUGGCGGGUCCGGAGCAACCUCCUUUAGCCUUGAUCGCCUCGACGCAGAUGUCGUCUCGGGCGGUAAGGCUUCCUUUGCUGUCGCUUGCCUGGGCAAGGAGCGCGGAUGGGCUAUGAGCGCGCUACAGGAUGAAAAGGCGGCCGAGGGUAGCGAGGAGGGAUUCCAGGGGCUCAAGACUGUAAGAGAGUGGCUAGCCGACAGCGCUGUAUGAUCUGUAUGACGAGUGUUUCAAUGUCACUGGACCUAACUGGUAGCUCAUUGAAUGCGCCAACGAGUGAUGAGGC